AUGGCGUCUAACAAUUACAUUGAACUUAUUAUUUUGAUGUUGUUUAUCUCUGUAAAUUUCUGUGCUAUGGCUCAAAAUUAUGGAGAUUUCGACCCUUCUUAUCAACAGAAGGCUGUAGCCCAACACAGGACAGACGCCUUGACAAUUCUUAUGCUUUUAGGACUUCUUUUAUUAACAAUUUUAACUGUGUGGCUAUUCAAACACAGACGUUUCCGAUUUGUUCACGAAACAGGCUUGUCGAUGAUCUAUGGUCUUAUAGUAGGAGCCAUAAUCCGUUACACCAGUGAUGCAAAACACAUACCUACCAUACCGGCAGAACUGCGUUCAAAUGAAUCAUACACAUCUUUAAACCCGCCAGAUUAUAUUUCCAUUUAUCUCAACCAUUCAAACACCUCUCAUGGACCACCAGACCAGAUUAUCUACGCCUUUAAGGGAGCAGUGAAAGCUAAUGAAGAAUCACCUUUAGAGAGAGCUGUAACGUUUUCACCCGAAAUGUUUUUUAAUGUAAUGCUUCCGGUCAUCAUAUUCAAUGCUGGCUACAGUAUGAAAAGGAAACAUUUCUUUAAAAACCUUGGAGCCAUUCUUAUGUACGCACUAAUUGGCACAACAAUAUCAGCACUGGUUGUGGGGGCUAUUAUGUAUGGAUUAACCAGGCUUAUGGCUGACAUCAAAAUUACUCUUAAUGAGUGCUUUAUUUUUGGGGCUUACCUUUCAGCGACAGACCCAGUGACAGUCUUGGCGUUGUUCAAUGACCUUCAUGUGGACGUUGACCUGUACGCCCUAGUAUUUGGAGAGAGUGUCUUGAACGAUGCAGUUGCUAUUGUUUUGUCAGAGUCAGUAGAGACAUAUGGUGAGUACUCUACAGAUGCCUUCAGCCUUGAAGCAUUCUUCAGUGCGUUGGGAAAGUUUGUGGGUGUGUUUGCUGGAGCUUUUGCUAUUGGUACAACCAUGGGGGUGAUAACAGCUUUUCUGACAAAGUUUACCAAACUGAGAGAUUUUCCUCUAUUGGAGACGGCGCUCUUCUUUCUCAUGUCCUACAGUACGUUUCAAGCUGCAGAAGCAGCAGAUCUGACUGGCAUUGUGGCUGUGUUAUUUUGUGGGAUCACCCAAGCUCAUUAUACAUACAAUAACCUCUCUAUUGAGUCUAAGUACAGAUCUAAACAGCUAUUUGAGGUUAUGAACUUCUUGUGCGAAAACUUUGUGUUUUUGUACAUUGGUGUGUCCAUCUUCACAUUUGAGGCACUCAAGUGGCAUGCUGGAUUUAUUUUUGCGUCUUUUAUGGCUGUGAUAGUGGCCAGAUUUUUUAAUGUGUACCCACUGUCUUUCUUGCUAAAUCUGGGCCGUAGUAAUAAAAUCAGACCUAAUUUUCAGCACAUGAUGAUGUUUUCUGGCUUACGAGGUGCUAUGGCCUUUGCCUUGGCUAUACGGGAGACUGACUCUGAAGGGAAGCAGCUCAUGGCCUCAGCAACCAUAAUCAUUGUUUUAGCCACUGUUAUACUUUGUGGGGGUUUCACAACACCUAUGUUACAGUGGCUUCAGAUAAGGGUGGGCGUGGAUGAAAAUGAAACAGAAAUGCAAAACAUGGCUGGGGAUUCUGUUCGAAGUCUGACCCCCGAUAUGGUGGCCAUAUCCUCCCAGCGCCUGUAUAGCACCAUCAGCAGCCACCAGAGUGGCGCCACUGGUCAGUCCUCAGUUCCUCACUGCCGCAGGGUUCAUCUCCCCACCUCUAGCCCUUACUGUACACUGGACUUAAAUUGCCAGUCAUCUCCCUUGUUGGACCAGCGCCCAUCUGAGUCAGUUACCUCCAUUGGUCUGCCAGCUCCCAACUCACUAAGGGUGACAGAGAAAGCUUGGCUUGUUGCCAGGUGGUACAACUUUGAUAUGAGGUUUAUGAAACCCCUGCUGACAAACUGUAGACCAACACUAAUGGAAACAUUGCCAAAAUGUUGUCUCCCUUUUGCCAGAGUUUUCACCACAGAUGAGCAGAUCUCUCAGGGAGAAAUCCACAUAGACGACGACUCAGACACGGAUAUGAUCCUAGACCAGGGGAGCCUGUCUCAGAGUGGUGACUUCAUGGAACCCAAUGAAUCAGGUGGCCAUGGUGACAGCCACAACCCACCCCACCACGUCACCCCACCUGCCUGGAACAAUAAGGAACCAAUGCAGGUAGAGGAUCCCCAUCUUGGUGACCUUGGCCUUGGGUUAGGGAACCAGAUGAGCACCAUUCCAAUGAGAGUCAACCUGCCCGGCCCUAAAGGCGACAAGGUCUGAAACUACUGAAUCUCCUCCCGCAGUUAUCUGAGGGCUACGCUUUCUUCUUCACCCAACUUUGACACCCGACUGAUUGAUAUUGACCUCGUUAAGUAGGAUUUGUUUUUAAUUUAAUUAACAUUGGAAGAUCACCUGACUUUUAUUAUUUGCUAAAGAAAAUAUUGUAUUGAUGGUUUUAUUUAUAAGAUUUGGCUUAUCUGUAUUUUGUAUAUAGUAAUUUUAAACAUACAGAUUGGCAUAGGUGUUGUGUGUAGAUUCAAAGAAUCAGACGCUGAAGUAAAUAUAACUGACGUGUAGACAUUCCAAAUGUUGUCUUGAACAGAUCUAAAGCUGUACAACCCCACAGCUAAUUUUGUUAACAUUAAAGUAUAUUGGAUUGUUCUCUCCCUUGUCCAUGUUCCAUACCAGUGUCUGAUCAUGGAAUCUUGGAAUCUUCUUAAAACAGGGGUGUCAGGUUAUUGGUUGUAAGCUGUCGACUGACAUUACGUUAUGAUGUCAGCCCUAACCAAAACUCUAACCAAAGUUCAACCACAGCACAAACCAUAAUUUUUGCCCAAUACUAAACCUGAUGUUAAAUACUACCAACAACCAAACCCACCUAUUUUUGGAAGAGUCCUUUAUCAGACAUGGGUAAGGGAAACAAACCCUAUCCCUGGUAGUGACAGGUUGAUAGUGAGCACUUUAAUUUCUGUGAUCUGAUGCCUUGGGUCCAUCUUGAAUCAGCUUGGUAGAGAACAUUUUAAUUUCUGUGAUCUGACGCCUUGGGUCCAUCUGUGAUGUUGUAGAGAUUUUUAUUUUGUCAGGUCAAACCACAUCAGGUAAACUAAAUGCCUGAGUUUUGGUUUGUGUCAGAAGCUACUAAUUUCAUCUCAGUACACUUUUUAAUUGAUCAAAAUAAAUGUACAAUUUUCUUAACAAAAGAUUCAAAAUUUUGAUAUAAUAUAUAUAUAAAACCAAUUUUUUAAUGCUUUUAAUACACUUAACAUAGUGCAAACUUAAAUAUCUGGACAAUUUUACAUAUAAAAUUUAAAUCACAAGUGAGCUUUGAAUUUGAAAACUUGCCAACUCUCUGUUGCAUCAUUUUGUAAUCAGUUAAUAUUUUAAAAGUUAAUCAAUUAUUUAUUAUCCGUGGGACUUUUGCUCUUUAAGUGAAGAAAAAAUACUCAUGGUGUAGUCUUCGGGACAGUUUCAUACUGGGAAUCUGACUUGGAUUUAAAUGUGUUGAUACCGUUUGAUCUUCUGCUUCUGAAACCAUUUGGAUCAAGUUGCAGUUUGGUUUUAGACAUAAAACUUGUUGCUUGUACAAAUUUCAAUGGUGAACCAAAAGGAACUUGUGAUCAAUAAAAAAUGUGAAGCUAAUUUUUUGUGGAACAAAUAUUUUAGUCUCAGUGUUUACAUUUUUUUUUAAGUUCCACAGUUAGACUUGAAGCUUUAAAAAGAGAUGUCCUUGCUAAUUUUUAAAAUGUCUUUUUAAUCCUGUAUUAUAAAAUCACCCCUGUUUUGUAGCUUUGCAUCACCGAAUAUUCAAAUGUACAUCCACACAAAGAUAGGUAGUAAAAUGUUAGAGGUGUUAGAACCAAUAUAAUGGGUGUCAGUAGUUAGAUUUACUUUGUGGUUCAAUAAAACAUGGUCUGUUAAGGGAGGAUAACUGCAAUGUGCAUUGUUUUAAAUGCAUAUUCUCAACAUUGUUAUGUAAAUUUUUUUUUGACAGUCAGUUGCUGCGUCAGUGACUUAUUACAAUUUCAAAUAUUAAAAUAUCAUUUAUAAAUCUUUUGUUUCAUGAAAAAGUCUAUUUCAUAUUUUUACAUUUUCAAAUAUUAAAAUAUCAUUUAUAAAUCUUUUAUUUCAUGAAAAAGUCUAUUUCAUAUUUUUACAUUUUCUUAUCCACUAUGCAUACUAUCGUCCUUACGAAGAUCAUAAUUAUAACUUGAAUGUUUCUGCUUCAAAAUACUUUUUUUUUUCCAUUUGUACAUACUUUAAAUAGUGUUGAUUUAUUGCUUUCUGAUACUAUUUGUUUGCUCAAAUACACUGAACUAUUUCCCAAAACUGGGAUGCACAUUUACGUAACAGUUCAGAUUUUAACUAGAAAUCCUUCACAUAAAAUCAGGAUCUGUGGUGAAUGUCAAAAAUGUAUCCAGCUGUUGAGGCUUGUUUGCAGAUGUGAUUGAUAGAAACUAUCAACAGAGAUAUUGUGUUACAUGCUGUAAGACAUGACAGUUGACCUUCCAUAAUGGUUGCAGUCUCGUAGCACCUAUAGCAGAUUUUUAAUUUAACAACCAGUCUUGAGGUAUAUUUUAAGCUGAUUUUAAUGUUGAAAAUAUUUGAGAAAUCAUGGAUUGUCCUCGAAUAACAAUAGUUUUAUUGUUAACUCUAUACAAAAUGUGAUUCUAAAAGUUCCAAAUUUACUAUCUUCGUAUCAAGUAUAUUAAAAGCUACUUUUUAAAGACAAAAAACAUUUUAGUAAGAUUUUUCCCAAACUUACACUGCAAAUUACUAAUAAGAAAGAACUAAAACCUAAACUUGAUAUUCCAGACCC